AUGUCCUUCUUCCGCAGUUUCUUGUCGUCUGUUGGUCUCCGUUCCAUGUUGAGGAGCGCUGCCAUGGAGCGCCCUUACCAGCUUAUCCAUACGAGGGUAUCGCGUCCCAGUAGAACGCCCAGGAGCCUAUUGAAGGAUUCCGCGACGUUUGAUGUUCGCAGCUCCUGGACGCCCCACUUGUACCACAUAUUCUUGAAGGGACCUGUGUACCAUGUGGUACGCAGGUAUUCAAAAACAUGCAGCACUUGUCGCAGGCGCCAUGACACGUGGGACAGGAGGCUUUUGUGCUGCUUUGACAGUGGCUCUUUCGAAGUCCAAUACGAGCCGUAAGUCUCGUAGUGGACCUGCGUCAUGGCCCCCUUCAGCGUCCCGAAGACACGCUCGUAUGUCCCUUCAUUCCUCCGGGUCGUGACAGCGUUGGAAUAUCCACCCCGUUGCACUCCAUGGAUGACCUAG